AUGCAAAGGACGAAGCGUCUGUUUAGCAAAGGGAUUAUUUUAAACCCCAAAAUGGUGACGCAGUCCCAGUUUAGCCAGAUACAGUUUCAAGCCGUGCUGAACAAUUUUGGCAUGCUGUACAACGUAAUGAAGGCGGCGAAUUUCGUCGAUAACGCAAUUGUGCAGCUGAGCAACGACGGCAUGAAGGUGAUCGUUGAGGAUGCGAAAAGCAUCCAAGCAUCGGCCUACAUUACGCGGGCUUGCUUUUCCGAGUUUAAGCUGGCCAUUGCGCGUCCCUCUUCCGUGGCGGACGCUCCCAACAAUCCGGACGCCACGCUGCCCUUCGUUUCGUUCGGGCUCAACCUGAAGGUGUUUACGGAUUGUUUAAGCAUGUUCACUAGCGGUGAUUACGAUUCGAGCCUGAAGCUUAUCCAAAAGGGUACCGGUGCCCCGUUGAUCGUGAUCCUGGAGCAGCACGGCGAGGACGACCUCAUUACGGAGUGUUCGGUGCGCACGAUGGACCCGUUCGACUGUAUGGAGCUGGACUUUGAGGACGAGCAGCAGAUAGUGAGCAAGCUCAACGUGAAGGGCAUGGAGUUUUUCCAGCUGCUGAGCGAGAUGGAUCGCAACUGUGACGAAAUUGAAGUGAUUAUUUCACCCGACGCACCGCACCUGAUUUUUCACUCGUUCGGCGAGCUGCAUUCGGAAACGAGCGUUGAAAUAACCAACACGAGCGACAUGCUGAUUACGUUCAACUGUACCGAUGCGAGUCGCAAUCGGUACAAGUUCCAUCAUUUCCGACUUGCCAUGCGAACGCUCGCGUUGGCUUCGAAGGUGGCACUGCGGACCAACAGCGAGGGCUUGCUAGGGCUGCAAGUGAUGAUCGAGAAUAGUGAUAGUUCGCACAUUUUUGUGGAAUACUUUAUCUUGCCACUGAUGUCGGACGGUGAUCAAACCACUAUGUAAUAUAGAUCGUUUGUUUGACUAGUGUGGUUUGAAAGAUAAAGAAUUAAAGCAUACGCAACUUUCGCGGUGAAAUUAUUUUGUAGAAAUCUCCGAAACUAGUAAGAACCACAGGCAAGAUGAGUUGACAAAAUGUGCACACUUCUAGGAAAAUUUAAAAUGCUUUGAUGUUUUCAACGAAAGCAAAUAAUUGCCAACAGCGUUUACCGUACAAUCUACCCUUGAGUUACGCAAUUCUACGUAAUGAAAUUUACGGGUAA